CUUUCAUUGGAACCAAAUUCCCUCCUGCGACGACUGAGAAGUCUGUAACUGAGAUCACCCGACAGUCUUCAAGAUGAGCGGUGUUGCGCAGCAAAGUUCCGCUCCGAUCGAGAUGGAAUCGACGUCGUCUCCAUCGCAACCUGUCACUGGGAUGGACCGCUCGGGCAAUUCGGACAAGAACAGCAACCAAUUAUUGAGCCAUGGUCUGGAAUCAGGCAACUCGCAGUCGGAAGAAAUCCAAAGACUCGAAUCGGAACAGAAUGCCCCUGUGGCUCGCAGCAAUUGGAAGAUAUUCUUGACCAUGAUUGCUCUUUCGCUUGCUCUUUUCAUCUCAGCCCUAGACCAGACGAUCGUGGCGACGGCGACCCCCACAAUAGCGUCCGAGUUGCACUCCGCGUCGGGCUAUGUUUGGAUCGGGGGUGCAUAUCUCCUGGCCAAUGCGGCUAGUUCUAAUAUCUGGGCCAAUCUCUCCGAUAUCUGGGGACGGAAGCUCGUUCUUCUCACCGCUGUCGCCUUGUUCUUUGGCGCAUCCAUCAUUUGCGCGACUGCGGUCGAUAUGCCCAUGCUGAUUGCCGGUCGUGGUCUACAAGGUAUAGCCGGCGGUGGGCUCAUUCAAUUAAUCACUAUCACUAUCUCUGACCUGUUCAGUGUCCGACUUCGCAGCCUUUUCAUGGGACUCAUUGAGUUCAUCUGGGCGAUCGCAGGAGCCAUGGGCCCUCUUGUCGGAGGUGCCUUCACCCAAUCCGUUUCCUGGCGAUGGAUUUUUUGGAUCAACCUUCCCGUCUGUGGAACGGCCUUCGUGCUCCUAUUCUUAUUCUUGGACAUCCACAACCCUAGAACCCCUGUUUUGGCCGGCAUCAAAGCAGUGGACUGGUGGGGAAGCUUCUCCAUGCUUGCGCUGAUUAUUUUGCUUCUCCUUGGCCUUGACUUUGGAGGAGCCACCUUCCCGUGGGACUCGCCCAAAGUGAUCUGUCUCAUCGUGUUUGGCGCUUUGAUGUCGGUCGCCUUCAUUUACAGUGAGAAGCGAUUGGCCAAGUACCCACUCAUGCCACUUGGGGUCUUCCACAAUCGAUCCAACGUGGCCUGCUUCUUGGUCGCGUUCACCCAUGGCUUUGCUUUCCUCGGAUCGGAGUACUACCUCCCGACAUAUUUCCAAUCAGCAAAGGAAGCGACCCCCUUCCACUCCGGACUGAUGAUCCUCCCCUUCGUGCUCACCGAAGCCGCUCUGAGUCUCUUUGCCGGAUUGUUCAUCCAUGGCACCGGCCGGUACCUUGAGAUCGUCUGGACGGGGACUACCCUCGUUGUCUUGGGUCCCGGACUGUUCGUCAAUCUCGACACGGGGUCCUCGCUGGGUAAGAUUGUCGGCUAUCAGAUCGUGGCCGGGAUGGGAUGCGGCUUGCUCUUCUUCCCGCCGCUUCUUGCUCUCCAGAGCAAUGUCACGCAACGGGACACGGCGAGCGCCACCGCCACCUUUGGUUUCAUCCGCAACGUGGCGAUGGCCAUGUCGGUGGUGCUGGGCGGUGUCGUGUUCCAGAACAGUAUGGAGAUGCGACAGGGCGAUCUCCGUGCGGCAGGCCUAUCGUCCGCUUACUUGGACGAGUUCUCGGGGUCGGAGGCUGCGUCCAAUGUGGUGAUCAUCUCCACGAUUCAGGAGGCGGAUCAACGCCAUGCGGUAGCCACCGCGUACGCCUGGAGUCUGCGUAAUAUGUGGAUUCUGUAUGCGUGUGUGGCGGCUGUGGGAUUUGUUGCCAGCAUGUUCAUCACACGGCAGCAUCUGAGCAAGGAGCAUGUCGAGACCAAAACCGGGCUGAAGGAGAAGGAGUCGACAAGCUCGUAGCGGUCAUUAGAGAUGUUGCCAAAGAUGGUUUUUACAAAAGUUUUGGGAUUUUGGGUUCGAUAGUAGUAGUUCCUCAGUACAUAAGUAGUUACUCAUAGUUGCAUUUGUAUAUACGAAGUGUCACAAUCGGCACCAAUUUGAUUAGUG